CAUCACUGCGCCUUUCUACCAAAGUGGGUCUCAGCGCAGUGCUGCAAGAUGAAAUACUUACAAGGAAAGGGCAAAAUUGCAGAAAAAAAAGCAAAGUAAUCAUAUAAAUAUUUUCUUUGAUCAAGGAUGCUUCCUCCAGCAAGGUACCAUGAGCUUUUAAAUAAUUUUUGCAUGCUGCCAUUUCACAAAGGAGUUCCACGUAAACUAAAGAAACAAAUGGGGAGUGAUGGGCACAGAGUUUAUGUUGAGCUAAUUGGAUAAAGGAGGCAAAAGAAACUGAACGAACAAAAUUACUCAGCGAGGACAAAAUAAAAUGAAUAUGUGUAAAAGGGGAUCAUGUGCACAAGAUGAUUUGGAUGUUUUGCUUAUUGACAGUAGAGGGGUUCCUUAUACUAUGAGUGAGAAAAGCAAAUCUCAUUGUGUCAGUGAGUUGCCAAUUAAAUGCAAAAAACAAACUGCAUGUCACGCUCAGGCAAAUGAGAAAGAUUACAAUUCUAAGUUUAAGAGAGAAGACAAGAGUUUAAAGUGUACUGACUGUUCAAAGCGUUUUAAAUGGCCAUCUCAUUUAAAGCAUCAUAUGCGGAGUCAUACCAAUGAAAGACCUUUUAAGUGCACUGUGUGCCCAAAGACCUUUAAGGAUCCACAUAAGCUUAAUAGACAUCAGCAAAUCCACCCACAGUUUAAAAAAGACAUGGUGUAUUGGAAGCUAUACAAGUGCAAUAUUUGUGAUAAGAACUUCAAGUAUCCCUCUGAUCUUGAUAAACAUAACUUAAUACAUACAGGUGAGAAACCAUUUAAAUGCCCUAUAUGUGGUGCAGGCUUUAGACGUUUUGACCAUUUGAAAAGGCAUAAUUUUGUUCACUCUGGUGAUCGACCUUUUAAGUGUAGUGUUUGUGCAAAAGGCUUUGUGGAAGCCACUGAACUACUUAAACAUGAACGAACCCACACUGGGAAUAAACCUUACCAGUGCACCUUUUGUGAAAAGAGCUUUUACCAUUUACGGAGCUUAAAGGAGCAUGCAGCUGCAAAGCACGGUUUAGGAGCACUAGAGAUGAAAACAUUGUAUAGAGAUAUCCGCAGCAGAAUUGCUGCUGCAAAGGGAAACACCCAAUACUCUAGUGAAACAUCCACAAAGACUGGAAAAAACAGACUGGAACUAGAGAACUCUGAAUGUAUCUCUACAGAAGACAGCCCAAAUGAGAUCGUUGUAUGUCUUUCUGAUGAUGAGAGUGAAUCUGACACAAAUAUUAAAGACAAAGAAUACUGGAAAAUGUAUUAAUGUAUGUGUUAAAUAUGUGUGUUUAUUAUUACAGUCUAAGGCAGGCUUCCCCAAACUACGGCCCUCCAGAUGUUACUGAACUACACCUCCCAUGAUUCUAUGAGUGAAAUAGGCUGAGAAUCAUUGAGUUGUAGUUCAGCAACAUCUGUAAGGCCGGGGUUUGG